UUAUUAUUUUAUUUUUUUUUAGAUUUCCCCAUAUUUGACCAGAAUUGACCAGAAUAGAUCGGGCUUCAACGUCUUCCACUUAAACCCUACUUUCUUAAAACCCCCGUGGUUAGACUCAUUUUACAGUGAUAGUAGACUCAUUCGGUUCGCUUUGUUUUUGGCUUCAACAUCCCCGCCACUCUGUUUUCGGCUUUUCACCGGCCAUGUAUCGGUUCGCUGCAGCAUUAACUUCCUCGAUCAAGUCGUCCACAUCAAGGAAGCUGGUACAUGGUAGAGUCAUUUGGAGCAGAAACUAUGUUGCAAAGGAUAUCGAGUUUGGAUCUAGGGCUCGUGCUGCCAUGUUGCUUGGUGUAAACCAGCUUGCUGAUGCUGUAAAGGUCACAAUGGGACCAAAGGGGCGUAAUGUGAUCAUUGAGCAAAGCCAUGGAAGUCCUAAAGUCACAAAAGAUGGUGUCACAGUAGCCAAAAGCAUCAACUUUGAGGAAAAGGCGAAAAACGUUGGUGCUAAUCUUGUAAAGCAGGUUGCAAGUGCAACUAAUUCUGCUGCUGGAGAUGGUACAACUUGUGCUACUGUUCUGACACAAGCAAUAUUCACUGAAGGCUGCAAGUCUGUAGCUGCUGGUGUAAAUGUUAUGGAUUUGAGAAGUGGUAUUAAUAUGGCUGUUGAUGCUGUUAUAGCUGAUUUAAAAAGUCGAGCAGUAAUGAUAAGUACACCAGAAGAAAUUACACAGGUGGCCACUAUAUCUGCCAAUGGAGAGCGUGAGAUUGGUGAACUUAUAGCAAGAGCCAUGGAGAAAGUUGGAAAAGAAGGAGUCAUUACAGUUGCUGAUGGUAAUACUUUGUAUAAUGAGCUAGAAGUUGUUGAAGGGAUGAAGUUAGGCCGGGGUUACAUCUCUCCUUAUUUUGUUACAAACACAAUGACACAAAAAUGUGAAUUAGAACAUCCAUUGAUCUUUAUUCAUGACAAAAAGGUUUCAGACGUUAACUCGCUUGUCAGAAUUUUGGAGCUCGCUUUAGGGAAAAACAGACCCCUGUUAAUUGUGGCUGAAGAUUUGGAAAGUGAUCUGUUGGCAAUGCUGAUUAUUAACAAGCGACAAGCUGGACUUAAGGUGUGUGCAAUUAAAGCUCCUGGGUUUGGAGAUAACCGAAGAGCCAAUCUAGAAGAUUUAGCAGUACUUACAGGAGGAGAGGUUAUCAGCGAGGAACGUGGGUUGACCCUUAAUGAUGUGCAGCUUGACAAACUUGGCACAGCUAAAACGGUUAUUGUUUCUCUUGAUGAUACAAUCAUUCUACAUGGUGGUGGUGAUAAGAAGCAAAUAGAAGAAAGAUGUGAGGAAUUAAGGUCAACCAUUGAGAACAGUUCUGCCAUGUUUGACAAAGAGAAAGCACAAGAGAGAUUAUCAAAGUUGUCAGGAGGUGUUGCAGUCUUUAAGGUUGGAGGGGCUAGUGAGGCGGAAGUUGGAGAAAGAAAAGAUAGGGUUACUGAUGCUCUUAAUGCCACAAGGGCAGCUGUAGAAGAAGGAAUAGUUCCAGGUGGUGGAGUUGCCCUUUUACAUGCUACUAGGGUUCUUAAAACCCUUCAGACUGCAAACGCGGAUCAAAAAAGAGGAGUCGAAAUUGUCGAAAAUGCCCUUAAGGCACCUACAUGCACAAUAGUCUCAAAUGCUGGUGGUGAUGGGGCCAUGGUUAUUGGCAAGCUUUUGGAGCAGAAUGAUCUUCAGUUUGGAUUUGAUGCUGCUCAAGGGAAAUAUGUUGAUAUGGUGAAGGCUGGAAUUAUAGAUCCUCUAAAAGUUGUGAGAACAGCCUUAGUAGAUGCUGCCAGUGUAUCCUUAUUGUUAACAACCACAGAGGCAACUGUUGUGGAUCGUCAAGGAGAGAAAAACCCACUUGCAAAUCGUAUGCCAAACAUGGAUGAUAUGGGAAUGGGAUUCUGAUUUUUACAUUUUGAGGGGCAAUUAAUGGGUUAUAUUGAAAUUAAAUGUACCAAUUUUUGAUGUUUUAUCAUCGAAUAUUUUUUUUGAUAAUUUGACUUUUUACAACUGAUACUAAAUAGAGUACUUGAAGAAUCAUGACUUGGCCUCUAUAUAAUAUUAUCUGUAUUGUUUCAUUCUUAAAA